AUGACGACAGCUUUCACCCACGUUCAAGCUCACGGACCGAGUAUGUGUGACGCCAUUGGUUCGCCCUCUGCGGCAUUCAUCUCUCAAAUGGAUCAGGCUCCAGCGGCAUCAACAGACAAUGCCGAUCCACACUGUACUCCACCUUCCUCACCUAACAAGCAACGGCGACCCUCCACUCCAAAGUCCACACCACUGCACCGGCGCUUCCUAGAGGAAGUUUCAAUGUCUCCAGCAUCGCCCGCGACACCAGCAACACCUCCACAAACUCCAAGUCGCAGCCAACGCGACACUCCCACAAAGGAGCGCGAAACUCCUGCCAAAGUCCGUGCCACACCAAAGCAUCGCGGAAGCCCGGCCACGCUGGAGAUAGGCCCAAACGGCUUCUAUUUUUCUUGUGAAAUCCCAUUGAGCAAAAUUACGCCUAAGAAGCCGGCAUCGCCCCCCAAGAGCUCGCAGGCUGGGACACCCACGAGACGAACGCCAAGCCCAUUGAAGAACGUGACUCCGGUGAAGCAAACGCCUGCGAAGCGGGCCCUCGCCAAGGCGUUAUUUGGACCGUCGAUGGGGAAGGGCAGUGAUUCCUCAAAGCAUCAAGUGGGUACGCUAGUUACGAAGGGUAUUGAAGAUGGGAGCCCGGCUUGGACAUCGAGCAAGAUCCAUUCCAAAGAAGCAAGAGAUCCGAUAUCAAUGCCGGUAGCAUCGCUUCGCAUCCCAUCCGAGUGUCUGCCAGAUGUGAAUGAACGGGAUAUUCGCGAUGCUAUUACAGAAGCUUCAUCUAUCACCAGUUCCCACCAAGCACAAUCACAGAUAGACAGAACACAUUCAGCAAACGACACACGGCCCGAGAAUAUCGGCCACAUGAUGGCGAGGCUCACCUCCGGGUCUUUCAAGACAAACGAAUGGGCACGCGCGCAUCCAGGCGUCGAUCCAAUCAAGUCGCCCGCACCUACACCAUUGCGCAAGGCAUCAGAGACUCUCUACUCUGGGACUCCGCCUUCGUUCCUGAAGCUAAAUGCGGAGCAGCGUACAGUGACGAUCGAUGAGCCCACUAAGAAGGCAGGAAGUAUGUCUCCAGUACAGUCACAAGGAUUGCCUGUGCUGGCUGGGAAGUACUUUGAUGAAAGCAAGCGCGUCAAGAGCCCGGCUGUCAAGUGCGCAGGAACGAUGGCAGUGCAGAAGAUGAACCCCGCUGGGUUCAAAGUCAGGACCAUAAAAGCAUCACUGGUAAAGCAAGAUGAUACAGUUGGUAAAAUGGAGAUAGCAGAGCCUUUAUCUUGCCCUGCGCUACUAUUCUCAGGCCCAAAUUCUAGGUCAGACAAGGUCGAAGACGCAUCACUACAUCGCCUAGAGAAACAUGUCCAGCAGCGCAAUCCCAUUCUCUCCCCCGCAAAAUACAAAUUCCACCCAUCAAGCCAGCACCGACGCGCCGGGACAGACCCAGAGGUCUAUCUCGCAAUGCAAAAGGACAUGGCAUCGAUGGGGGAGAGUUUACGCCGAUCUAUCGGCUCAGCACUCUCACAAAGCACCCUUAACACAAACGAACUGCCGUCCAUGUCCAAUGCCAUUCUCAUGCGUGAAAUGGAUGCCAAGAUACCCAAGAUCUCCACUCCCUCCACCGCCAGACAUCGACUGACGAGGUGGAACUCGGAUACACCAGCUGUCCGCACCAAACUGCCGCAUAGCCUCGGGGUUGCUAAGCAACGCGCUGCCACGUUGACGGGGCCUGGUGUGCCAGUUUGGCAUCCGGACUGUAGUGUGGCUGGCCAAGUGCUUCGUGAAAAGGUCGCGGCACCGAAGGAUGCGUGUGAUGGUGCUUUUCCUCCUGAUGCGGGCAAGGCCGAUGGUGCUGUCACAUCAAGGUCACGGCCUGGAAAGAUGGUAGCGGAGAAGAAAUUGAAGGUUCCGACGACAGCGGUGGCUGCGACGCCGCGUCGGCAGAAGACUGGAGGGACUGCUACUAUGACUUCUGUGCGCCUUGUGAAUGGGACGCCUGGAAGGAAACAGGUGACAGGUGAACGUACCACUACGUCUACGCGCCCAGCCAUCGGAACACCUGUCAAGAAGCAAAUGACAGUUGAACGUACCACGACUCCUGCGCGCCCAGCCAUCGGAACACCUGCUAAGAAGCAAACACCAGCUGUUCCACUCUCGAAAACUCAGAACCCCCCUUACGCCAGUGACACGCACGAAACCAGCUACGAAACCUCCAAUGUCCUCUCGGAAACCUAUACCCAAGACUCCACAACCUUCAGCAAUUCGUAA